GUCACGGCAUGAUAAGAAUAUCACAACUGAUAAGAAUGCAGUUUUUACAUAUACGAUCGAUGCACAUUUAAAGUCUCAUAUUAUUAAUAAAAUCUCUAUAGCAAAAUAUACCUAAGUUCAACGUACAGUGUGCUUUAUUUGAAUGGAAAUUUACUAUGGGAAGUGUAGUGUGUGUGUGUGUCGCACUUGGCAUAAUACAGGAUGUUCCUUAAUCUCGGAGUUUGAUGCGUCAGACUAUUUUAUAAAGGAAUUCUUCAAAUAGACUGAUGUCUGCAACAAAUCUUGAUUGAAUUUUAAUACUACACGUCGAAAUUGUUCAUUUAAUGUUUUUUUCAAACGCCUUUGAGAGCCGCCCUCAAAAACUCCAAAAGUUACAAUGCAACGCUAUACCGCACAAACCAUCCUCUGAGCCUUGAUUUACUUCCAAAGAAGUAUUUGUUCGUUUUUGUCAAGUAUAUAUCUGGAUGUUAUUGAUGAACAGCCACGCGGGCCCCAUCCACUUUACUUCUUCCGAAACGAAACUGCAGAGGGGAAAAGAUCCGAAACAACAGCUCCAAGGCUGGUCUAAACGUUGGAUGCAGAGUCACAAGCAAUAUAUUCUGGUUGUGAUUCCCAUUAAUUGAGAAAGCAGCAUCCUUUUUUGUGUUCAUUUUGAAGUCGUUAGAAUGGAAAAGAGAGAGCAAGCACCCCUGGCAACCCUAUCAGGAGUGGCUCCUUCUCUAGAAGCUACCCCAAUCGUGACUCCAACAAAAGAUUGCACACAAGUUGAGAUGCGGAAUGCCGAAAAUGCAAUGAAUACAAUAGUUCAUAUAUUUCCUGAAAAAAAUGAGGUAACUUUCAAGGACUACUCCAUAACUUCGUCAUCUUCCAGUACCGACGAAGACAUUGAAAAGCCGAACAUACCUGACGGGGAAUGGGGGUGGAUUGUAGUUUUUGCUUCGUUUAUACUUUCCAUGAUAGCAGAUGGAAUUAGUUUUUCCUUUGGUCUACUUUACGUUGAGUUUUUAAAUGAGUUCAAUGCUUCCAGUUCUGUAACUUCUUGGAUCGGAAGCCUUUUCAUGGCAGUUCCCCUUAUUUCGGGACCAAUAAUGAGUGCUUUGGUUGACAAGUAUGGCUGCCGCUCUAUGACAAUUGCGGGAGGAAUAAUCUCAGCAUUUGGGUUUACAAUCAGCUCCCAGGUUAACUCCAUCGGAGUAAUGUAUUUAACAUUUGGCACACUAUCCGGGUUAGGUUUGGGACUGUGCUACGUAACAGCUGUAGUUUCUAUAGCUUUCUGGUUUGACAAAAAGAGAACGCUGGCUGUAGGAAUUGGUGCAUCAGGUACCGGCGUUGGUACUUUCGUCUUUGCUCCUCUGACGAAUUUACUUAUCCACGAAUUUGGCUGGAGAGGUACUACACUCAUUUUAGGAGGACUUUUUCUCAAUAUGUGCGUUUGCGGGAUGUUGAUGAGAGACCCAGAUUGGAUCGUUGAGCAAAAUAAGGUGAAUUCAAAGCAUUCAAAAUCGAGUAAAUCGAGUAAAACAAGCUUAGUUUCGCUCUCGUCGACAAAUUUUAUGAACUCUAUCAACAUAAAUGAGUUGAAAGAUGUUCUCAAGAGUGGCAAGGAUGCCGACUAUCUCUUACAAGAUUUGAAAACGUCCAUUGAAAACCAAGUCUCGGAAAAUAAAAAAUCUAAAACUUGUCACAGUUCAGUGCUGAAUCUCCCAACAUUCAUCAAGCAAAAUGAGAUGGUUCCAAUAGAAGUCCUUGAACAACUGAGUUCCAACAAAAAAUUGUACAAUAUCAUUUUAGAAAACUACCCGAGCUUGCUAUUGUGCAGGAGUACAUCAGAUACUGGUUUGAAUAAAUUAAUUGAAGAUGGAUCAAUCAUUGAAAGGGUGCCCGUAAGAGUUUGCAUGAAAUUGAAAAAGCAAAAUAAACAGUUAGUUCAACAGAACUCUAUAUCAACGGAGGAUCACCUGGAAGUACAAGAACCUUUACUGCCAAAUGAAGUUUCAAAGACUCAAGAGCCAGCAAUUCAAAGAAACGCAACAUUUCCUUGGCUCAAACAACAGUUUGUUCAAGCUCAAAGACAGCAUUAUUUCAAGAAUGUCAGGUUUCACAGACAGUCUCUCAUUCACAGAGGUGCGACCUUCAGCACAAAUAAAUACAGAUUCAAAGCAUCCAGCUGUCCCAACAUAUAUAGACUUUCUGCAUUGACUUUGCAGAAGGAUGAUGAGAAAUGGUAUGCUGAGCUUCUAGAGUUGGUGAAGGGAAUGCUCGAUUUUUCCUUGUUCUUAGAACUACACUUUCUCUUGCUGUCACUAUCAACCAUAAUACUUUUUGUUUGGUUUAUAGUGCCGUAUUUUUAUUUGGCCGAUCAUAUGCUAAAAUUUGAAUAUACUGAUGAAGAUGCAUCCUUCACUAUUGCUAACAUAGGAAUCACAAAUACAAUUGGGAUGAUAGUUUUAGGCUGGGCUGGUGAUCAACCAUGGAUGAAUAUUACAAAAACCUACGCCAUAUCGUUAGUUCUAUGUGGAAUAUCUUGUGCUGGGAUUAUGUAUUUCACCACUAACUUCAUUAUGCUGGAGAUAUGUGCAGGGAUGUUCGGUUUAUUUUUAUCUAGCAGUUUUUCUUUUACACCAGGUAUUAUAGUAGAAUUGGUCCCACUCGACAGAUUCACAGUGGCCUAUGGGUUACAACUUCUCUGUAUGGGCAUAGGAAUAUUAGUCGGGCCACCUUACGCAGGGCAUUUGUUUGAUGUUACGAAUAGUUGGGAGCAGGCUUUUUACCAAGCUGGUAUUUGGAUAAUAAUAUCUGGAAUUCUAGUUGCCAUCAUUCCUUAUACCAAGAAUCGAAGGAUAAUUGGAAAAAAAUCAUUGGAAAAAGAACUUGAGGGAGCAGAAGAUCGAUUAUUUUAUUCAAUAGCAUUAAUUUUAUUAUUAGUAGUUUCUAUCGUAGUUGCCAUCUACUUCACGAUACAAUGUCUAUGGGAUUUAGUUUGAAAUACAUUUGUAUAACAGUUAUAUAUUAAUACAGAUAUAUGUUUGACAAUAAAACAUUAUUAUUAUUAUUUAAUGAACAGCAA